CUCCUCCUUCCCCCAGCCACCAGCGCAGUCACAACCGGUUCAGACUGGCCAGGGUGCCCGGCAAAGAAGAGAAACAAGGGGGAAAAACUGGGGGGAAAACUUCGCAGGGAGGAGGAAGAGAAGAAAAAAGGUGGAGCCCAAAGGAGAGGGCAGGCUCCCCAGCUCCAUGUGGCCGCCGCCGCCGCAGGUUUCAGCGGGGGCAGAGGGCGGCGGCCCCCGGGACAAGGCGUAGCGGGACUGAUUGCCCAAUACAGCUGCAGGGGCCGGGUCUCSGGAUAAAUAGCCGCCCGGCCGGGAGCUGCAGGGGAGAGCGGCAGCCGCGGUCCCUACCGCACCAUCUGCCCGGCCUGCGCCGGGUGCUGCGCCCCGGAGCCCCCUCCGAGGCCGGUACUCAGGACCUACAGAAAGCACCAAUCUCACCUUACAAUGGAAUUUAAAAAAUCACCUGAUGGUGGAUGGGGCUGGGUAAUUGUGCUGGUCUCCUUCUUCACUCAGUUUUUGUGUUACGGAUCCCCGUUAGCUGUUGGAGUCUUAUAUAUAGAAUGGUUGGAUGUCUUUGGUGAAGGAAAAGGAAAAACAGCCUGGGUGGGAUCCCUGGCCAGUGGAGUUGGCUUGCUUGCAAGUCCUGUCUGCAGUCUCUGUGUCUCAUCUUUUGGAGCAAGAUCUGUCACAAUCUUCAGUGGCUUCAUGGUGGCUGGAGGCCUGAUGUUGAGCAGUUUUGCUCCCAAUAUCUACUUUCUGCUUUUUUCCUAUGGCAUUGUUGUAGGUCUCGGAUGUGGCUUAUUAUACACUGCAACAGUGACCAUUACGUGCCAGUAUUUUGACAGCCGACGAGGCCUUGCACUUGGCUUGAUUUCAACAGGUUCAAGUGUUGGCCUUUUUAUUUAUGCAGCCCUGCAGAGGAUGUUGAUUGAGUUCUAUGGACUAGAUGGGUGCUUGCUGAUUGUGGGUGCUUUAGCUUUAAAUAUAUUAGCCUGUGGCAGUCUGAUGAGACCCCUCCAGGCUUCUGAUUGCCCUUUACCUGAAAAAACAGCUCUGGAAAAUGUGGCAGAGACAUACUCCAUUUACAGUGAAAAAGAAAAGAACCUGGAAGAAAACAUUCACAUUCUUGAAAAGAGCUAUAGUAGCGAGGAAAAGUGCAAGGGCACUUUGGCCAAUGGUGACUGGAAACAGGACAAUCUACUUCAUAAAAACUCCACAUCAAUGACUCACACAAAAGAGCCUGAAACGUACAAAAAGAAAGUUGCUGAACAGACAUAUUUUUGCAAACAGCUUGCCAAGARGAAGUGGCAAUUAUAUAAAAACUACUGUGGCGAGACGGUGUCUCUCUUUAAAAACAAAGUAUUUUCAGCUCUUUUCAUCGCCAUCUUCCUUUUUGACAUUGGAGGGUUUCCCCCUUCAUUACUUAUGGAAGAUGUAGCAAGAAGUUCAAAUGUGAAAGAAGAGGAGUUUUUUAUGCCUCUUAUUUCCAUUAUAGGCAUUAUGACGGCAGUUGGCAAGCUCCUUUUAGGAAUACUGGCUGACUUCAAGUGGAUUAACACCUUAUAUCUUUAUGUAGCUACCUUAAUAAUCAUGGGCCUGGCCUUGUGUGCAAUUCCAUUUGCCAAAAGUUAUGUCACAUUAGCAUUACUUUCUGCGAUCCUGGGGUUCCUUACUGGUAACUGGUCCAUCUUUCCAUAUGUGACCACAAAUACUGUGGGAAUUGAAAAACUAGCUCAUGCCUAUGGAAUACUGAUGUUUUUUGCUGGACUUGGAAAUAGCCUUGGACCACCAAUUGUUGGUUGGUUUUAUGACUGGACCCAGACCUAUGACAUUGCAUUUUAUUUUAGUGGCUUCUGUGUUCUGCUGGGAGGUUUUAUUCUGCUGCUGGCAGCCUUGCCGUCCUGGGAUACCUGCAACAACAAACUCCCUAAACCAACUCCAACAACGUUUUUGUACAAAGUUGCUUCUAAUGUUUAGAGGAAUAUUGGAAGCCAUUCUUUUGCCAUUUUAUACCAUAGAGCAAAACAUAUUUUUUAAAAAUUCUCAAGCAAAUUCUCUAACAGUUAAAGACUAUUUUCUCACAACAAAAUUUCACUGUGGCUGACUCUGAAUGUGGAUUUUUUUAAAAACAGAUUUUAUUCUUUAUGUACUGUAUGUGUAGCCUCUGUCUCCUGUAUGUUUCCCCUCCCUCCCUCCCUCUCUCCCUCCCCCAAAGUAGACUAUUUUGUUCUACUAUUAUUCAUUAGUUUUUCAUAUUGUAAAACAUUUGACCAGCCUCUAAAGAUUUUCUCUGUAGAAGUAUAAAUUCUUUGCCCACCCCCCUUAGUUCCACUACAAAACACCCAGAGGGCUCUCUUCAGUUUUAAAAUUGAUGCCUGCUGGGUGUGGUGGCACACACCCAGGAAGCUGAGGCAGGAGCAUCUUGUGUU